UUCACUUGCCAAGCGCCGCCCCUCGGGCUCCUACUCUGGCCCGGAGGAAGUGGGGAGGAGACUGCCUGGGAACCCCUCCUCUCCUCCCGCUCGGAUCUCCUCCCCGUUAAGCUCCAAGCUUUCGGUGGCUGCUCGGGGGCGCCUUGGUGCUCCACAGAGAAGCCCCUGUUCAGCCCUCCUGGUGCGGUCCUAGAAGCGCCAAGACAGCUGCCUGGAACCAACAGAACCAUGGCAACUCCAUCUGCUACCUUUGAGGCGCUUAUGAAUGGAGUAACAAGUUGGGAUAUCCCUGAUGAUUCCGUUCCAUGUGAACUGCUUCUUAUUGGAGAGGCUUCUUUUCCUAUAAUGGUGAAUGAUGUAGGCCAGGUCCUCAUUGCUGCCUCUUCCUAUGGCAGAGGUCGCAUGGUGGUAGCAUCUCAUGAGGACUUCUUGGUGGAAAGCCAGCUCUUUGUCUUUCUUGUCAAUGCUGUUGGAUGGCUUCGUUCCUCUUCUGAGUCAACCAUUGGUGUGCACUCAUCUUUAGCACCAUUGGUGAAAAUCCUCGAGAGCUGUGGAAUAGAGUCAAAGAUUGAACCAGAAGUGAAUGACUCUCUGGGGGUUUACUGCAUCGAUGCCUACAAUGAAACCAUGACGGAUAAGCUACUCCAGUUUGUGAAACGUGGCGGGGGCUUGCUCAUAGGAGGCCAAGCCUGGGAUUGGGAUAACCUGGGUGAAGAUGAUAGAGUACUGUUCUCCUUUCCUGGGAAUCUGGUGACCAGUGUGGCUGGUGUGUACUUCACUGACAACAAAGCGGACACGAAUUGCUAUAAAGUCUCCAAGAAGAUGCCUAAGAUACCCAUCUUAGUUCGUUGUGAAGAUGACCUCUCAGAAGACAGAGAUGAGCUUCUACAUGGCAUCUCAGACCUGGAUAUCACCAACUCGGACUGCUUCCCAUCCCAGCUACUAGUGCAUGGGUCUUUGGCUUUUCCUUUGGGGCUAGAUACCCACCAUGGCUGUGUGAUAGCUGCUGCCCGCUAUGGCCGGGGACGGGUGGUUGUAACUGGUCAUAAGGUAUUAUUCACUGUGGGUAAACUCGGCCCCUUUCUGCUCAAUGCUGUCCGCUGGCUAGAUGGCGGCCGCAGAGGCAAGAUUGUGGUACAGACCGAGCUGAGAACACUAAGUGGUCUGCUUGCAGUAGGGGGUAUAGACACCAGCAUUGAGCCCCAACUGACCAGUGACGCAAGUGUCUAUUGCUUCGAACCCACAAGUGAUGUGGGAGUUAAGGAACUACAGGAGUUUGUAGCUGAGGGUGGUGGGCUGUUUGUUGGAACCCAAGCCUGGUGGUGGGCUUUUAAGAACCCAGGAGUGUCCCCACUGGCUCGAUUCCCAGGAAACCUGCUCCUCAAUGCCUUUGGUAUCAGCAUCACAAGCCAAAGCCUCAAUCCAGGACCUUUCCAUAUCCCAAAAGCAGGAACAAGGACCUAUCACUUCCGCUCUACCCUGGCAGAGUUCCAGGUGAUAAUGGGCAGGAAAAGAGGAAAUGUGGAGAAGGGCUGGCUAGCCAAGCUGGGCCCAGAUGGGGCAGCUUUCCUGCAGAUUCCUGCAGAGGAGAUCCCUGCUUACAUGUCCGUGCACAGACUCCUGCGGAAGCUGCUGAGUCGCUACCGGCUUCCAGUGGCAACCAGAGAGAACCCGGUCAUCAAUGACUGUUGUAGGGGGGCCAUGCUUUCCCUGGCCACAGGUCUGGCCCACUCUGGAAGUGACCUCUCACUGCUAAUCCCAGAAAUUGAAGAUGUGUACAGCAGCUGCUACCUACGCCCCUCAGAGUCUCCCAUCACCGUGGAUGUCAACUGCACCAAUCCAGGCACCCGAUACUGCUGGAUGAGCACUGGACUCUACAUACCUGGAAGGCAAGUCAUAGAUGUUUCCUUGCCUGAAGAUGCUGCCUCUGCUGAUCUGAAGAUACAAAUUGGCUGUCACACUGAUGACCUGACCAGGGCCAGCAAGCUCUUCCGAGGCCCCCUUGUGAUUAACCGGUGUUGCUUGGAUAAACCCAUGAAAUCAAUCAACUGCCUCUGGGGUGGUCUCCUCUAUAUCAUUGUGCCUCAGAAUAGCAAACUGGGUACUGUGCCCCUCACAGUGAAGGGAGCCGUUCGUGCCCCAUUCUACAAGCUAGGGGAGACAUCCAAGGAAGAGUGGAAGAGGCGUCUCCUGGAAUAUCCAGGUCCGUGGGGAGAACUGGCCACUGACAACCUCAUCUUGACUGUGCCUACUGCAAAUCUUCGAACUCUGGAGAACCCUGAGCCACUGCUCCGCCUCUGGGAUGAGGUGAUGCAGGCUGUGGCUAAGUUGGGAGGCGAGCCCUUCCCUUUGCGGCUGCCACAGAGGAUAGUGGCUGAUGUUCAGAUCUCAGUAGGCUGGAUGCAUGCAGGGUACCCCAUCAUGUGCCAUCUGGAGUCAGUGCAGGAGCUCAUUAGUGAGAAGCUCAUCCGGACCAAGGGACUGUGGGGUCCUGUGCAUGAGCUGGGCCGCAACCAGCAGAGGCAGGAGUGGGAGUUCCCCCCACAUACUACGGAAGCCACAUGCAACCUGUGGUGUGUUUAUGUGCAUGAAACAGUUCUGGGCAUACCUCGAAGCCGUGCCAACAUUGCGCUAUGGCCCCCUGUUCGGGAGAAGAGAGUCCGAAUGUAUUUAAGCAAGGGACCCAAUGUGAAAAACUGGAAUGCCUGGACUGCGUUGGAAACGUACCUACAGCUUCAAGAGGCCUUUGGUUGGGAGCCAUUUAUUCGUCUCUUCACUGAGUACAGAAACCAGACAACGAACUCGCCCACAGACAACGUCAACAAAAUGAAUCUCUGGGUCAAGAUGUUCUCCCAGCAAGUGCAGAAGAAUCUGGCUCCGUUCUUUGAGGCCUGGGCCUGGCCUAUCCAGAAAGAAGUGGCUACAAGCUUAGCCUAUCUGCCUGAAUGGAAAGAAAAUAUAAUGAAAUUGUAUCUUCUCACACAGUUGUAAGGAGUGCCCAUCGAGGUGGCAGAUAGAGAGGUUUGGGGAGGUAGGCAGAGAUGGUUUUUUUUUUCCUCUACCUCUGUCUUCUAAAGUUCUAGCUUUCACCUCUUAAUUCCUUGCUCCUGUGUCUUAUGACCAACUUCUGCUCUAGGAAGUAGGUUAAGAACACAGCACAAAAUGAAGCCAGAAUUUCUUAAGAACAAGGCCUGUGCUUAUGAGCCGGACCCUUCUGCUUCUCAGUUGUCAGGCACCCUGCUGACCCUGUAUUGGCCUAGCGCUGGGAGCUUGGGAAUUUGUUUCUCUCCGGCCAUCUUGAUGAGCCAUGGAGCCUUGGCCUCUGUGGCUUUGGGACAGGUAUAAAAGUCUCUGCCUCUUGCAGGUGGACAUGGAGAGGCUGACAGAUGGUUUUAAAGAAGCUUACGGACUGUUUGGUGGAUGCCAACUAAAGGGUGGUUCCAUUUCAUGCUGGCCCAUUAGGUCCCACAGCUCAGAAGUUAACAUCAGCCUUUCUCUUAGACUCCUUGUGCCCAAAUUCCAGGUCUUUAAUUGACCAUUUGUAUGUUACCAGCAAGAUCCUUGACUUCUCCUUGACUUUAUGGCCUCAUUCUAUACAUUGGGAUCUAUUUCAUAUGAUUAUUGGGAGUUAUACAAUGCCUCUAAAAGUGAUUAGGGAGGUUAGUGGGUAUUGAGAAAACAUCAUUUGCCAAUUUUGUUAUCUAAUUAACCCAACAACAUUCUGGAACUAAACUUUAAUUUUAGGUGCUAGUAACAGAUACUGUCAUAAACUUUUAAUUUUUUAAACUGAUACAUAAAUAUAAAGCCCACAUAUAUUAACAAUAUAUCAUUUAAUAUGAAUAUAUUUUUAAAUACUUGAAUUAGACAAAGCACACCCGUCUCCUCCAAUAUCUAUCAUUUCUUCAGGCCGAGAACAUUCACAAUCAUUUGUAAUUUUUUGCCAUAUACAGUACAUAACUGUUAUCAAGUGCCCGAGAGAGGACUCAGUGGGUAAAGACACUUGCUGCCAAGACCCAAAACCUGAGUUCAAUCCUCAGAACUCGCACAGUGGGAGACCUAUCUCUUGCAUGUUGUCCUCUGACCUCCACCCACACAAACACAUUAAAUAAACUUAAAUAACUCUUAUCUGCCCUAUCCUGUCCUAUAUUAUACAUUUCAACCUCUAAAAUAACUCUGCUUCAUAACUUUAUGAAUCUAAAGGAAAGAUUCUAAGCUUGCAUUGUAGUAUUUUGCUGGAUGCUUGAGACAGGCCCUCUCUAUGAUAGGUAGGGCAAUGCUUUUUCAUCCUUGGCAUCCAAGUGCUGGUGUUACAGGUGUGCACAACCACACCCUCAUUCACAAUGUAGUCCUUUUUCUUUUGUCUUUUACAGCUAUUGACAUUUGACCUCUUUAUCCAGUUCUUUCAGCUUUAAUUCCUGCUUUCAUAAAAUUCAGAGAAGAGAUCUUGGCAAAAUCUAGAGCAAUCCUAAGAUAGUGUUUAACCAUCAAUAGACAUUGUUUAGAAAACAAUAGACACCCAGCUUUUAAAUGUUAUUUAUAUUCCCAUAGUGACAAUUUAAGACAUAAUUGCUGUUGGGGUUUACUGACUCUACAUUUAUGGAAAACUUUACUUUGAAACAAGAAAUUCCACAGAGCUAAUCCAACUUUUAUUUAAUUAGUAUACAUUCAAAGAUCUCUUGGUUUCCCCCAUUUAAUUUAAAGUUUCUUUUAUGAUUUUAAUUAAUGUUAUAUCUAGGAUUGAUGUUGUGCACCACUAAUUUUCUGAUUUCUUUUUGUUUAUUUAUUUUAGUAUAAUCCGUUUUAUUUGCAUAGCUUGUAAGUGAGUGAAUGCAGAGACUAGAAGAUAUUUGUGUGUGUGUGUGUGUGUGUCUUUAUUGUACAACUUCUCAAUCCUAGAUUUAUUUCAUAUAUAUCUAUCAUAUAGGGAUUUUGAACAUCUUUAAAAUAAUUAUUAUCAAUUAUCACAUAUUGAGUAUGUGCCAAGCAUUAUAUUGGUCCAUAUAUAUAUAUAUAUAUGUAUAUAUAUAUAUAUAUAUAUAUAUAUGUUAUGCUAUUUAAUUGUCCCAAUAAUCUUAUGAAGUAGAAACUAUUAUCACCCUUAUUUUAGGAAUAAAAGAGCUGAAUUUUAUGGAGAUUAAGUAAAUUAUGUAAGACUCUAUUGCUAAUAGUGGUAGGUCUAUUAUUUUUGAAGCCAUGCAUUGUGAUUACAGAAUGAGUGUUCAUAAUUAUGGUGCUUUGAAUAAUCAAAUAAAGAAACAAAUCAGCAACACCGAACGUUUAUACUCCUGCUUGCCAGACUCUGUGCCCUUCAUACAUAGUCUCUAUCUAAACUUAGCAGGACAAAAAGUCUCUGCUUCUCCUAAACAUUGGUGAAGAGGAAGAACUUAAAUCAGGCUCCAAAAAUGCUUCCCAGUAGAAAAGAGAGUGAACCAUUAGCAUCAGGCAACUCUUCUAGGCUCUGGUUCCUGAGAUCAUCAUUCUUCCCUGACUACCAGGAAGGGAAUUUGGGGUUUAUUAGAUUUUGAAUAAUGUGGCUCAUCAGUGAAGUCCCUGACUUCCCAAAUUCCUAGAUGCUUCGUUUCCUCAGAGACUUAUCCUCAAUCUCUUAGAGUAAGCUUUCUCUAUUCCCACUCCCACCCCUUUCAUCUACUUUCAGCAAUCAAGCCUGGGAUCUUUUCAAUAAAGUUACCUCUGCUCUUCCCCUGUCAAACUCCAGAUUUGAGAUGAUGGACUAAACAUGUAAGUUUGCCUUCCCUCCUUUCCCAGGCCUCACUGAAACUGAAGUCCAAGAAUACAGUCCAGGAAAACUGAGACCUCUCAGCAAAGGAAACUAAAAGCAUUUGGUUGGAGAAGAUCUCAACAAAUUUCUGGAAGAGAGAAAGUAAAUGAAGAGAAAUAAUGAGUGGGAAACAUGGCCGCCCAUUUCAGACAGAAUACACUGAUCCGAACACUGGAACCCCAAAGAGACUUGAGCACUUCUAGCUACUAAAUAAUUGUACCAGUUGUAAAUUAACCCCCGUUCUACUCAGCCCUAACUCUUGUACAUAGAACACAGAAAACCUACCAUUGAUACUAGUGAAACUGUUAUUGUUAUUGUUGUUUGAAUAAAGAAAUCAAAUAAACCACCUGAGGAGAGGUAAAGAA